GUAAUUUAUAAACUUGAAACAUUCAACAGGAAAGUUUUUAUGUAAUCAAGAAAGCAAAAGAGGCAUAAAACCGUUAUUUUUAAAAUGAAACUGAAACUGAAAAAACUGAUUAAUUUCCCAUACGUGGGCAUGGGAGGAAGACGAAAGAUAUUCCUGUUGCUAGCAGCUCUGUGCACCUGUGAGGGAUUGCUGGGAAUAUCGCUGAUAGUGUUAGCAGCCAAACCACUCAGUACUGUCACUGAGCACCUGAAGGGACUAGACCUAUUGUUACCAACAAUACUAAAAGCACAGAUCUGUUAUGGUAUAUUUGUCACAUUUAUGUCUGUGAUCGGCAUCAGUGUAACUCGUCAUUGCAUUUACAGUUACAAUCUAUUCGCAAUAAAGCGAGCUCAAAUAGUUUGGUCAUGCAUAGCCACGGCAUUAAUUAUUUUAACGAUCGUAGCGUCUAUUUUCCUCUACAGAGUAAGGUCUCUGGGGGCCAUGGAAAUAGUCAAAACCUUUGAAAGAGGACUGUCACAAUACCUCCUCGAUAGAGACUGGAAAGUAAGGUUUGACAAAAUGCACCAGAACCUGAGGUGCUGCGGUGUGUCAGACCAUGAAGACUGGUUUAAAACAAGAUGGAUUCCAAUCAGUGCUUUGAAAUCCGCAGUUUUUAAUACAGAGUACAUGACAGUGGACGCCCGAAUAAAAAAACCAGUCCUUCCUGCCAGUUGUUGCUCGCCGUACGUUGAUAUUCCCUGUAUUCACGACUUCUUACAACAAGAUAGUCUGAAGCCUCAAAAAGAUAUCAGUUUGUUCCUUGAGGGAGUCUAUACUUCAGGAUGCAUAGGGAUUCUCUUAAAACCUAUGCUUACCUCUAUUACUUCCUUCAGUGUUAUUGCCAUCCUCAUCUGCAUUUUUCAGACUUGUGAGCUAGUUAUUGCUAAUGUAUUAUACUACCUUUGUACCCGAAAACAAGAAGAUUUUUGAAUAGUAUUAUAUUUUUAAAUAAUUAUUUGAGAAGUUUGUUUCGCUUCUUUUUUUGAGUCUGAUUAAUGAUUUAGUUUUUUA